GAGUCGAGCUGAGCCUAGCCUAGGCUAGCCUAGCCUGUCCCAGCCGCGAUGGAGGGGGGCGAAUCGGCGGGCCUGCUGGCGGAGCGCGGCCCGAGCCAGCUCAAGACAUACCGGCGGCGGUGGUUUCUGCUGGCCGUGGUGUGCCUGCUGAACUGCUCCAACGCCAUGCUAUGGCUGACAUUUGCUCCAGUGGCUGACCAGACUGCUGCCUACUUUCACAUUUCCCUGGAGAUGGUCAACUGGCUCUCAAUAGUGUACCUGCUCAUCUCAAUCCCCUUUGGUCUGGUGGCAACGUGGGUUCUUGACAGCGUGGGGCUCAGAUGUGCUGUGAUCCUGAGUGCUUGGCUGAAUAUGAUGGGUAGCAUCAUCCGGAUGUUCAGCGUCCUGAAGUUCAUGAGCUUGGGCUCCCAGAAUUACUGGUACCUGUUUGUUGGGCAGUGCCUCUGUGCAUUGGCUCAGCCUCUUGUCAUCUUUUCACCAACUAAGUUGGCAGCUUUAUGGUUCCCAGAUCACCAGAGAGCAACAGCAAAUAUGAUCUCAUCCAUGUCCAAUCCCUUGGGUAUUCUUAUAGCAAACCUUCUGUCACCUGCACUAGUUCCUGAAGGAAGGCACAUCCCAUUGAUGCUAGGUGUUUAUGCCAUUCCUGCCCUAACGGCCUGUGUUCUAGCUACUGUGGGGAUUCGUGAGAAGGUUCCUCCGACACCUCCUUCAGCCAGUGCCACUAACUCCACCUCUCAGCCUUUCUUCAUGGGGCUCAAAAUGCUCCUGAGAAACAAGCCAUACAUCAUCCUGGCAUUGUGCUUUGGAGGAGGAAUUGGGAUGUUCACCUGCUUUUCAGCUCUGCUAGAACAAAUCCUUUGUGAAAAAGGUUAUUCAAAUGUAUUUGCUGGCCUGAAUGGUGCUCUGUUCACAGUGUGUGGUUUGUUGGGUGCCUUCCUGCUAGGGCUGUAUGUCGACCGGACAAGGAAUUUCAUAGAGUCCACUAAAAUCUGCUUCUGUCUGAGUGCCCUUGCCAGCAUCGUUUUUGCAGUGGCUUCUCGGUUCAGAGAUCAAGCCAUUGCUCUGGCCAUCACCAGCUCAAUCUUUGGUUUCUUUGGUUUUGCCAUGUACCCUGUUGCCAUGGAGCUGGCAGUGGAGUGUUCCUAUCCUGUGGGAGAAGGCACAUCUACGGGACUGAUUUUUGUUGCAAGCCAGAUUGAAGGUGUGGUUUUUAUGGUUCUGCUGCAAGCCCUCACCGUGCGUGUUUCUAAGGACCCAUCUUCUACCUGCGCUCUUGACCAGGAUGGAGCCCUGGACUGGACAACUCCAGUCCUGUUGAUGGCAGGCCUCUGCAGUGCCAUGGCUUGUUUCUACGUCAUCUUCUUUCACACUGACUACAAGCGGCUCCAUGCUGAAACAAACAUGGUCAAGGCAGAAGAUACAGGAUCAGAUGAUGUUCCUGAAGCCUAAUCCAGCUGAAAAGGACAUACCAAGGGACCAGUUAGGGAAGGACUCAGGCCUGUGAGCAGGGUUCAGGACUGCGUGUGCUCAGCUGGCAGGCAGGGAUAUGGGUCCUGCUGCAAAAGAAGCACUUUGGAUUUCAGAAGGGGGGGGAGGCUACAGCAGUCAUUGGGGUACACUUGCUGUACUUCCCCCAGUCUACUAUUUAUUUGUGAGUGUAGUAAUGGGCUAUAGUACACAUUGUGCUGUCAGAGAGACCAAAGAGGAACUGGACAAUUACACAGAUAACAGGGAUUUCUAGCUGACUUGGUUCAAGCUGAAGAAACGUUGCAGAGUACAGGAGCAUCAUAUUUCACUGUUUUGCAUGUGUACUUGGAUCAGAAGAGAAGCUUUCAGGGGGGUGGAAGCACUUCCUAUCACGAGCAUGCCAGAAAAAUUGCCUUCAAGAGCUGUGGUUCUCAUACAGUGUAACGAUUCUUCCAGUUAAGUGUGGAGCUAAUAGUGCCUCCUAGGAGGCACAAUAGUGUGGCAGGAGCUAUAUCAUUCUGUUGCAGUGAGGAGAUGUAAGUGUAUGAUCUGCAAUAUAAAUCUGUUGCAAGUAAGACACUCAGUCCUCUCUUAGAAACAGGAAAGGGAAAGCCUUGCCUGCCACGCUGACUGUUAGAGAAAAAAAUGAGUAAGCAGAAGACAUUAAGUAUGCCGGUUUUCCUUGCCCUGUCUGGUCACUUGCCAGAUGCUGAGACAUUUUAGAUAAGUUUGUUUUAAGUGGGCUCCUAUUGUUUCACCAUCUGUCCUGAAAUUCCAUUGGUUCAAACUUUGCACAAGAAGACAAAGUUGCUGGUGUGAUUAGGGUUGUGUAUCCCACCAAGCCAAGGUAUGCUUUCCUGUAGGAGAGCAUGCAGAAGACAGGUCACUUUUUGGUGAAUGGUGUGGCAAUGCCUGCUGGUGCAGAGCUGGCAAGAGAACUGGCAAGAUGACCAUGUAGAGAAUGGAUGGCACCUGCACAAGUUCCUGCAGAUGACAGGGUUUUUUGGGGGAAGAUCAAGUAAGAAACAACAACAUCAAAAACCUUCAAUUUCUCUCUGCAACUGACAGCUAUUCUUCAGUGUUUGAAGAGAUUGUUUGUGACACAAAAGAUCCCUUUGGAAUUCAGUUUUGCUAACAAUUGCAGUGGAUACAAUGGUCUUUUCAUUUUACAACAAUACUUGCACAGUAGUCCAUUGUCCUGCUUUGGUGUUCAGGUCUUAGUGUACAACUUGAGGACUUUCUACCUUAGGAUGUUUUGGUGCUAAAAAGAAUUAGAUGGUGGAACUUGGGGAUGCUUCAUACCAUGCAGCUUGCAGGGAGAUCUCAGAAUUGUCGACCUCUGAAAACUGACUGUUUUUCUCCACUCCAGUUAGGGGAUGAUCAAGACGAUUUCCAAGGCAAAGGAUGCACUUUCCCUAAGAAACGAGGGAAAAAAGAGCUCUCUCAAUGACUGAAUUCUCUUCUCCGUUAGCAUAUGGUUAGCUGUAAAUGUCCUGCUCAUUGCCAGGGAUUUGGACUGGAUGACCUUUAAAGGUUCCUUCCAACUCAAAUGAUUUUGUGAUAUGGAAUUCUCUCCCUUUAUAAAACAAAUUCCUGCAUCCUUCUAGGGAGUCAGCUAGUUCUUACAGCUCCAGCCUUGCUGUCCCUUGCAAGCACUGAUGUCUGUCAAGGUGAGCAGGAAGGGUGUCUUAAACUGAAGUGAAGCAAGAUGAAUAUGGAUCUGUCAGAGGAAUUAAAUUACCCAUCUUUGACAAUAACUGGUUGGUAAUUUCUGCAGCCCUGGAACUAAUACAUGGAAUUAACACCAAAUAUACUCGUCACUUCUGAGUCCUGCUGUACUGGGAAGCAAAAAGCACUUGGUACUUUAUAAAUUUAUAUAUUAACAAAUGCUAUGUUUUUUAACAAAAGGGUCAUUUAAUAAAAGAUUAAGAAAAAAUUCA